GCAGGAGACGAAGACGUGCCCAGAGAGCCCUUUUGUUCGUCAGUUCGUGGCGAUGCCUUCCGCCAUGAGAAUGAUAGAUAUCGCCGUCAAUCUCACAGAUGGGAUGUUCAAGGGGAUCUAUAAUGGCAAGCAGUACCACGCGGCUGAUAUCCCUGCUGUGCUUGCCAGGGCGUGGAGCGCUGGCGUAGAUCGGAUCAUUGUGACGGGAGGGUCGCUUGAAGAAUCUAGAGAGGCUCUUGCCAUUGCGGAGAUGGAUGGACGGCUCUUCUGCACUGUUGGAGUGCACCCGACCAGGUGCAAGGAGUUUGAGGAGAGUGGUGAUCCGGAACAGCACUUCCGGGCACUUGUGUCACUUGCUAAGGAGGGAAUUGAAAAAGGGAAGGUAGUUGCGGUUGGUGAAUGUGGAUUGGACUAUGACAGGCUUCACUUUUGCCCUUCGGAAAUACAAAAGAAGUACUUCGAAAAACAAUUUGAGUUAGCAGCUGUGGUGAAGUUACCUAUGUUUCUGCAUAUGCGCGCUGCUGCUGAAGACUUCAGUCAGAUUUUAGAUCGAAAUAAACAUAGGUUUUGUGCUGGUGUUGCCCAUUCAUUUACUGGUAGUGCAGAAGACCGUGACAGGCUUCUAUUGUUUGAUAAUCUUUUUAUAGGUGUCAAUGGUUGUUCUUUGAAGACAAGUGAGAAUCUUGAUGUUGUGAAAGGCAUUCCAAUUGAAAGGAUGAUGAUAGAGACUGAUUCACCAUAUUGUGAAAUCAAGAAUACACACGCUGGAAUUAAUUUUGUAAAGACAACUUGGCCUUCCAAGAAAAAGGAGAAAUAUGACCGAGACUCUACGAUUAAAGGUCGGAAUGAACCUUGCCUUGUGAGGCAAGUUCUUGAGGUAGUUGCAGGCUGUAAAGGUGUUGCUGAUAUUGAUCAGUUGAGCAAAGCUUUAUACCAUAAUACAUGCAGGGUCUUUUUCCCCCAAGACCUGGAUUCAGCAGCAGAUGCUCUUCUUGAAAGUGGCAGUGAUGCCCUGUGAAGAUCAGAAGUUGACACUGUUUAUUAUUGAAAACACAAAACAGCCAAGCCAUAUGUUAAUUGAAACCAAAACCAUUCUUUUGUUUGAGAGACAGGCUUAUAAAUUUACAUCUGUAUGUUUAUCAAUUUAAAUGGUGGGAGAUCAUUGUUUGGUCAUAUAUUUAUAAAAUCUGAAUGUUUUCAUAUGUUUGAUAUC